GGCAGGUAGGUACUACUCUUAACAAACACAAAACAGAAAAACAAAGCAACUGGUAACAAAAAACCGAAACAAUGACCGAUAAAGAGAACGAUAGCAACGGUGAUGCGGAGGUUCUUGCGGAGGUCGGCGCCGCCGGAGAUGGUGGAGGUGGUGGAAGUGGAGAGGGGAGUCGUAAUGGCGGAGGUAGUAGAGUGAAGGGGCCGUGGUCGCCGGAGGAGGACGCAGUGCUUAGUCGACUGGUGAGUCAGUUUGGGGCGAGGAAUUGGGGGAUGAUCGCGCGAGGAAUUCCCGGUCGGUCUGGAAAAUCGUGCCGACUUCGUUGGUGUAAUCAGCUUGACCCUUGCCUUAAGCGCAAGCCUUUCACUGAUGAAGAGGAUCGUAUUAUAAUUCAAGCCCAUUCAGUCCAUGGGAACAAAUGGGCAGCAAUUGCGAGGCUACUGCCUGGUAGAACAGACAAUGCAAUCAAGAACCACUGGAAUUCAACCCUAAGGCGCAGAAAUGCAGAGAUUGGAAGGUUUAAACCGGGGUCUGGUGACAUGAUGGAAGACGGGAGUCAUGACAGAACAAAGGCAUCCUCAGAAGAAACCCUGUCUGCUGGGGAUGUUAUUUCAUUCAGGCCCCCAGAAGGAAGAGAUGUCAUGAUGGAUGAUAGUCCCAACCAGCAUGAAGACAUAGCUCAAACAAAGGAGUGUCAGUUUCCUGCUGGACCAAACCAUCAUCCUACCUUAUCAUGUCCAGUUGGUAAUAUAAGCCCAUUCAAUCCCCCAGAAGGAAGGGACAUCACAAUGAAUGACGGACCAAAUAUGCAUGAAGGGAUAGCUCAAAGAAAGGAAACCGAAUGUGGUUCUGGACCAGAACAGCAUCCUACACUUCCCCGUCCAGUUCCUCGUAUUAGUGCUUUUAGUUUUUAUAACCCUCCAAGUGGCCCAACAGCCAGCUCUGAGAUUCCGUGUACAAUCCCAACUCAGGGACCUUUGGUUCAAGUACCCAGACCUGACUUUGGUCACAAAUUCCUAGAAGAUGUUCGUAGUGAGCCUGUUAUUCCUUCACAAUGUGGGUAUGGUUGCUGUGCAUCUCCAUUAGGGCACCAUUCACAUGGCUCACUACUGGGACCUGAGUUUGUUGAUUAUGAGGAGCCUCCUGCUUUCGCAAGUCAUGAAUUGAUCUCUAUAGCUACAGAUUUGAACAACAUUGCAUGGAUUAAGAGUGGCCUCGAAAGUAGCAGUGUCGGAAUACCAGGCAAUGUUGCAGCAAGCUACAGAUUGAGUCAAGGGACUACCGCUGGCUCGCAAAUGGGAAUAUCAGAACAAGGUGUAAGAAAAGAUACGUGCUUUGAUGAGGGACGAAACAAGCUGAUGGGCAUGAUGACAGACGUUCUGUCUGUUCAGGUACCAACACAAACUUAUGCUAUGCGACCUGAAGUUGAGGGUUUGAGCUAAAACUCAUCAUGGCCAGUUACCUAUCUUAAAUGCAUGGUAUAGAAUGAAGUCAUUAUCUUGUUGAUUAUGGAAAGGUGGAAAUUUGAUUUUGUGAAGAGGCUCCUUAUCUUGUUUGAUCAUGGAAUUUCAUUUGGUAUACAAAUAUGACAUGUUUUGGGGAAUAUAUAUUAUGAGCUUUAUCCUUUGAUGAACUUAUGUAACAAUGUGGUGGUGAUUUUAUUGCAUUAUAC